AUGGAUAUGUAUCUUCAUUGGUUGCUUUGGCAUGGAGCUGAUAUCACACAAGUAACUCAGAGAGGUUGGACAGCAGCUCACAUAGCUGCUAUCCAGGGUCAGGAUGCUUGUAUGCAGGCACUUAUAAUCAAUGGAGCAGAUCUGUCAGCUCAGGAUUAUCGUGGAUGCAAUCCUUUACAUCUUGCUGCAGCUCAUGGACAUUCUUUCACCUUACAAAUAAUGCUCCGAAGUGGAGUGGACCCCAGUGUAGCUGAUAAGAGAGAAUGGAAGCCUGUACAUUAUGCGGCAUUUCAUGGGAGGCUUGGCUGUUUACAACUUCUUGUUAAAUGGGGAUGUGGCAUAGAAGAUGUGGACUACAAUGGAAACCUUCCAGUUCACUUAGCAGCUAUGGCAGGCCACCUUCACUGUUUUAAAUUUCUACUCAGUAGAAUGAGCAGUGUAACACAAGCAUUAAAAGCCUUCAAUGAUAAUGGAGAAAAUGUAUUGGACCUGGCCCAGAGAUUCUUUAAAGAUAACAUCUUACAAUUUAUCCAUGGGGCUGAAUAUGAACGAAGUGGUUCGGAAGAUCAGGAAGUUUUAGAAUUUCCAGGUCAUGUGGCUGCCUUUAGAGGUGAUUUGGAAAUACUUAAAAAAUUAGUAGAUGAUGGAGUCAUCAAUAUUAAUGAGCGUGACAAUUAUGGAUCUACUCUUAUGCACAAAGCUGCUGGACAAGGACACAUAGCAUGUUUGCAGUGGCUAAUUAAAAUGGGAGCAGACAGUGAUGUUACCAACAAAGCUGGGGAGAAACCUAGUGAUGUGGCUAAAAGGUUUGCCCAUUUGGCAGCAGUAAAGGUAUUAGAGGGACCACAGAAAUACGCUACAGAUGAUGAAAAUGAAAUUGAUGAAAAUGACAUUAAGUUUUUUAUAAGACAUGAUGUUGAAGGAAGCACUGAUGCCAAGGAUGACUUAUGUCAGAGUGAAUCAGAUAAAGCAGAUGCCCGAAGUAAGUAUGCCUCUUCUGUUUUAAUUUAUUCUUUAGAUACCAUAGCCAGUUGUUACCAAAAUCUUAGAAAUUAUUCUAAAGAAAAUUUAUUAACAAAAAGAAAUUUCGGCUCACAUUGGAUUUUUUUUAACAGGACCAUUAAAGAGCUACAAGGUCAACUGGAGUAUGAACGGCUACGCAGAGAAAAAUUAGAAUGUCAGCUGGAUGAAUGUCGUGCAGAGGUGGAUCAACUCAAGGAGAUAAUGGAGAAAAAUCAGAUCUCAAACUUGGCGAUCAUG